AUGACGGACGACGCGGAGCAAGGCUCCGGCCACUCCUUGGCGAAGGCCGAGGAGACCACGGCUCAGCGCUUUAGCGCUCUCCAGACUCAGCUGUUGUGCGCGGCCGUCCAUUUCUUCCACCGCCACAUCCGUUCCGACGCGGACGUGUUGCAACGGAUGGAGGGCAACCAAAUGUUCCGGCUCUUCUUUGAGGUUCCCUACCACAACAAACCGGACUUGAACCGGAUUUUCCCGGAGUCUGUCCACGACUGUUCGGCGUUGCACGUUUGCUCCUUCAUCCUGAGCAUCCUCCACCAGGGCAUCUUCAGCGUCUCCGCCUUCAUCGUGAGCGUGAUUUACUUGAGCAGGUUCAAAGAGAGCUCCAGGAUUACCCUCCACGCCUGCACUUGGCGUCCACUGUUCCUCACGUCGCUACUCCUUGCUGACAAGAUGUGGGAGGACAAGCCGGUUCGCAACAGCUCUCUGGCGAAGCUCUUUCCGGUCCUUAGCAACGGGGAGCUCAACCGCAUGGAGAGCGAGUUCCUGCAGGAGAUCAAGUUCAACGUGCUGGUGAAGCCGGACCUCUUCUGCUCGUUCUGUGAGAAGUUGCUAGCGGAGCAGGUUCACCAAGAGAUCUCUCACUGCGUCAUCCAGUCAGAGUAUGCGGCCACGCUCCAGGUUGACUGCGAGGCGGACAAGGCUACGACGAAGGCCACUCCAAAGGAGGAGGUCGCAGCGGAGAAGCCGCCAGACGCGGGCCACGUGGCAGCCAAGCAUCCGGAGAUCCGGAAGGUCAACGGCAGCUCGCCCGAUGGCAUCAGGCCAGGCUCAUGGCAUGGCGAGGUCAAGCGCCCAUCGGUGGUCCACCAUGCCACGCAGGCCCACAAAGUCCAGGACCCGCCGCAUGCUGCCUACGCCACGCAGGAGCUGCGGACGAGGGCUGGCGCUGCGGCCGCCCCGCGCUCUGUCUCGGUGCAACCCCUGCGCGCAGGAGAGAAGGCAGAGGAGCACGUCGAGGACCCCUUGCGAGGGGCCCCUGCCAGCUCCACUGGCUCCACGCCCAUCGUAGUCCAGCCGCCGAUGAGGCGGUCUCUUCCCGCCAAGGGCACCACGACGACUCAGUACGUUCAGCUUGCGCGCGCACCGUCUGUGGGCAGCACAGCAGGCUUCGUGAGACGCGGUGAGGUGGCUGCGGCACCGGGCAUCCAAGCCCGAGGCGCACACUACCCGGUAGCAUCGGCAGUGCCGAUGCAGCAAUCGCCGAGGUCACCACCUCCGCCAGUACCACCGACCCUCCUUGGCCACGAGGCUCCCAUGGGGCAGCUACAGGGCGCUGCCUAUCGGGCACAGACGCCCACCGGCAUGCCUUGCAGCCAGGUCAGCUCGGUGGUUGCCCAACCGGUGCGCGCCACUCCAGUUGUGGCCGUCCACAGCGUGGUCCAGCAGAAGCCACGAUCAUCCUCCGCUCCGCGAGUCUCCGGUGUGGUUCACUCGCAAGCGGGCGCCAAUGUCCGAGCAUCUUCGCAGCCCAUGCGCCAGUCUGUGAUCAUGCGACAGGUGCCGCAGGGCCACGCAGUGCAGGCCCAGCUCUCCGGUGGCCAUCAGCCAUGUGGCACCCGGCAGGUCAUGCUCACGAAUGCUAAUGUACAAAUGGCCGGCGCGGUCGGCGCGGUGCCGAGUCGAGUGGUGGUGACCCGAGGCACCGUGGGCGGAUAUCCCACAGCCGCUCGGAACGCCUCACCGGCCGUGGCAAUGCCGACCAGCCCGAACUGCGCAGUGUGUGCUGUGCCGGCUGGGGUGCGACAGCCUCACCUGCUGGCCUCACGUGGACGAUCUGUACCGCCCGUCGGAGCACCUCAAGCAGGGCCAGCGCGGCCGCAGCGGUCAGCCACGCCGACGCUUCAGAGCGGCAUGGCUCCGCAGGUCAUCCAGCGGCAUUCCAUGGGAACUACCCUCCUCCAGCGUCCAGGCCUUGUAUGA